GAGAGCAGCUUGUACUAUGCGGCGGGGCUGAAAGCGAGUCCUGCAGGUAGUGGGUUUUUUUCUUAAAUGAAUGUUUUUAAAAAAGAGACGCGGCUUCAAUUUUGCAUUUGCAGAAGAUUAUAUCUUUGUUUAAAAAAAAACCACAAAGGCAGAGAGCGCACCCCGGAUCAUGUGGUGAUGUUGCCUUUGGAUGUUGAAGUCAUGUGAGAAGAGAGGGCGGGAGAAGACCAGCUUACCUGUCGCCACCUGUUUGUUGCUGUGGCUGUGGUUCAUGAAUAUCGUAUGAAGGUGAAUGGUAUAUUGACGACUGCUGGUUCAGGAUGCUGACGGCCACUGUUAACAGGCAUUUGCUGUGGUUGGCUGAGAACUCUCAUCAUCAUAACAGUGGUAACCUGCAGUGGGUACAGCAAGCUGAAGGCGUAUGCUGAAUGAUUCUGUUUGCUCAGCAACCUCAAGAGGAGAGAGACGCAUUCUCAAAUUUUGUGGAAGGAAGGCGCGAGAAAAUGAAAUUUCCAUUCUAUUGGUGUUGAGUUGUGAAUAGCUUAUGGGAAACAUCUAAAGCAAAAUACACAGUGAGCCUUGGGGCAGUGGAUGAGAUUAAAUUUGCUCGUCAUGGCUUCUGAUCAAACGUGAUUGUUUGUGAGAGGGUUUAUUCCCCUCUCCCACCUUUUUUUUAAAAUUUAUAAACUUGUUUCCCCCAACUCCAGCCAGUUUAUAUCAUGCUCCGGAACGGAGUUGUUGGGAAUGUAGGCCAGCCAUGCAUGCUACGAUGGUCCAAUCGCAUCCGAUUAACCUGGCUCAGUUUCACCCUCUUCAUCAUACUGGUGUUCUUCCCACUGAUUGCCCAUUACUACCUGACCACCAUCGACAACCUCGAUGACUCGGGCCCUCGCAUUUUCGAGCCGCGCUCGGGCAACGCCCUGUGUGAGGUUAAGCACGUGCAAGAUCUGUGUCGCAUUCGGGAAUCGGUCAGUGAGGAGCUGCUGCAGCUGGAGGCCAAGCGGCAGGAGCUCAACAGCGAAAUUGCCAAACUCAACCUGAAGAUCGAAUCCUGCAAGAAGAGCAUUGAGAAUGCCAAGCAGGACCUGCUGCAGCUCAAAAAUGUCAUCAGCCAAACUGAGCACUCCUACAAGGAACUGGUGGCACAGAACCAGCCAAAGCUCUCGCUGCCAAUUCGCUUGUUGCCAGAGAAAGAUGAGACCAACUUUCCAUUGCCAAAGUCUCCCAACAGUUGCCGCUUGCACUCUUGCUUCGAUUACUCCCGGUGUCCACUUACAUCUGGAUUUCCUGUUUACAUCUACCCGCUGGAUCAAUACCAAUUCAGUGCUUUAAUUGAUCCAUUAAUCAAGCAGGCAUUCCUGGAAACUGCUCGAACUAACAUCUACGUUACAAACAAUCCUCAUAUUGCCUGUGUCUAUGUGGUUUUGAUUGGGGAGCUACAGGGCUCUACAGUACUGAAAUCCAUUGAUCUUGAAAAACAGUUGCACUCCCUCUCUUAUUGGCGGUCAGAUGGGCACAAUCAUCUCCUCAUCAACCUUUCCAGGAAGUCCCAGACACAGAACUUGCUUUACAAUGUUAGCACAGGCAGGGCCAUGGUGGCCCAGUCUACAUUCUACGAUAUGCAAUAUCGUCCUGGCUUCGAUCUUAUCCCCUCCCCAUUCAUUCACGCCAUGUCAGAACCUAACUUCCUGGAGAUACCUCCCCAGGUUCCUGUCAAAAGGAAGUAUCUCUUCAGCUUCCAGGGCGAGAAGAUUGAGUCACUCAUGUCCAGCUUGCAGGAAGCCCGUUCCUUCGAGGAGGAGAUUGAGGGAAAUGCUCCAGCCGAUUAUGAUGAUAGGAUCAUUGCUACCUUGAAGGCUGUCCAGGACAGUAAGUUGGACUUGGUUCUUGUGGAGUUCACCUGCAAAAACCAACCUCGGCCUGCCUUGCCUACAGAGUGGGCACUUUGUGGAGAGAGGGCAGACAGGUUAGAAUUGCUGAAACUGUCCACUUUUGUAUUAAUUAUAACACCAGGGAAUAGCCAUCUCAUUGCUUCCACUGGCUGCUCUAUGAGGCUUUUUGAAGCAUUGGAAGUUGGAGCCAUCCCAGUAAUCCUUGGGGAACACGUGCAGUUGCCGUAUCAUGACACGAUACAUUGGAGUGAGGCAGCUCUAGUGGUGCCAAAGCCUCGCAUAACGGAAGUUCACUUCCUCCUGAGGAGCAUUUCUGAUAGCGAUCUCCUCAACAUGAGACAUCAAGGUCGAUUCCUAUGGGAGACUUACUUUUCCACCUCCGAUAAUGUGCUGAGCGCAAUCCUGUCCACCGUGCGAACCCGACUACAAAUUCCUGCUGCUCCCAUUCCAGAAGAGCCCUCCAAGGAGAUCCCUCACAAAACAGGAAAAACUGCAGGCACUGAUCCCAACAUGGCGGACACUGGAGACCUAGACUUAGGACCCGUUGAGACUGAGCCACCGUACGCCUCACCAAAGUACUUGCGGAACUUCACGGUGACUGUUCGAGACACUUACAGAGCUUGGAAUACUGCCCCGGGACCUUUCCAUCUUUUUCCACAUACCCCGCUGGACCCCACAUUACCCUCAGAAGCCAAGUUCCUUGGGUCUGGGACUGGAUUUCGGCCUAUAGGCGCAGGAGCUGGGGGCUCUGGGAAAGAGUUCCAAGCUGCGCUGGGUGGGAAUGUUCCUCGGGAACAGUUUACAGUCGUAAUGUUAACCUAUGAACGAGAAGAAGUCCUGAUGAACUCUUUGGAGAGAUUGAAUGGCCUCCCCUACUUGAAUAAAGUUGUUGUAGUGUGGAAUUCUCCUAAACCACCAUCUGAGGACCUUAUAUGGCCUGAUAUUGGAGUGCCCAUUGUGGUUGUUCGUACAGAGAAGAAUAGCUUAAAUAAUCGUUUCUUACCCUGGGAUACUAUUGAAACGGAGGCAAUUCUUUCAAUUGAUGAUGAUGCCCACCUUCGCCAUGAUGAAAUUAUGUUUGGCUUUCGGGUUUGGCGAGAGGCCAGAGAUCGGAUUGUGGGUUUUCCUGGCAGGUACCAUGCUUGGGACAUGACCCACCAGUCCUGGCUCUACAACUCCAAUUAUUCCUGUGAACUAUCCAUGGUGCUGACUGGCGCUGCCUUCUUUCACAAGUACUAUGCGUACCUCUACUCCUAUAUCAUGCCACAGGCCAUUCGCGACAUGGUGGAUGAAUAUAUUAAUUGUGAAGAUAUUGCCAUGAACUUCCUUGUCUCCCACAUCACCAGGAAACCACCGAUUAAGGUCACAUCACGCUGGACUUUCCGCUGCCCAGGAUGUCCCCAGGCUCUGUCACAUGAUGACUCCCACUUCCAUGAAAGACAUAAAUGCAUCAACUUCUUUGUGAAGGUCUACGGGUACAUGCCGCUGCUCUACACCCAGUUCCGUGUGGACUCCGUCCUCUUCAAAACACGGCUGCCACACGACAAGACCAAGUGUUUCAAAUUUAUCUGAGGGACUUUCUGAACUCCACUUUGAGGGGGAAGGGACACCAACAGUCAUUCCAUACCAUUAAAGAUCCAUUUUACCAUGAACACCUAACAGGAAAGAAGUUGGACAUUACUUCAAAGAAAAAUCAUCAAAUUCUCUUGCUGCAUUUUACUGUUAACUAGUAAUCGUAGGGUUGGUUUGAUUCUAAAUAAUCUUCAUCAUGAAAGACUGAAGAGAGGAUAAUGAGCAAAGAUUUGCCUUUUGGAAAGUGUAACAUGAUUCCAAAUCCCAGAAAGAUGUAUAGAGAUUGUUUGUUUUUUUGAGGUGGAGGAGUGAAUGUGGAUCAUGGACAGAGAUUGGUGGAGAUUGCUGGUUGGCUCAGAAAUGUUUCAACUUCAUCACCCUCAACUCAGAACUCUCCUGUUCUCAGUGCACCUUUCUUUCUGGAGUUUUUUGUUCUGUUUAACACAUGGGACUGCCUUCAUUAGGAAUAGACUGAGGUACCUUGAGGAGAGAAGGAGAUGUAUAAAUUGUACUGUCAUUUCCAUCACUUCCUCCCCCAACUUUACUGCCCCCCUCCUUUCCACCCCCAUCCCUGUCCUUGGGACAUCAGUCAAUCGUAGGUAUAGCCCAUAUCCUCACUGGUAUGAUGGUUGUGUCAGUUCACUGCCACACAAACAUAACACUGUUUCUUCUCAAAGUAUUAAAAAUUGGGUUUUAUUUACAA